AGAACAUCAUGGUCGAAAAAAAUCUCGAGAGCUAUUCACAAUGGAUGAAGAUACACUACUUAUUCAAUCAUGGCUCAACGUUUCAAAAGAUUCAAUUAUAGGAGUUGACCAAAAAGCAGAUGGUUUUUGGUUAAGAAUUGCAACAAAUUAUAAUGAGUAUCGUGGGCAGUUGCGAGAGAAAACACUAAGUCAACUAAAAUCUCGAUGGCAUCGAAUUAAUGGUUUCGUUCAAAAAUUUGUUGGGUGUUACAAACAAGCUGUAAGUGGAAAGAAAAGUGGAAGCUCGAAGAAGGACAUCAUGAUCGCUGCACAUGCUUUUUAUUCUCAAGAUACAGGUGGACCAUUUAAUGACGAAUAUGCAUGGCGAUUGCUAAAAUGUGAACCUAAAUGGAUGGGAGCAUCAAUUGAAUGUUCUUCAAAAAGAACAAAGAACUCUACUAGUGGAGCCUACUCAUCAUCUCCUAAUACAGAGACAAGUUAUGAAAUUGACUCAACAUCACCAAUGGAGCGUCCAAUGGGACAAAAGGCAGCAAAAAGAAUGGGCAAGGCAAAGGCGGUUGAAACACCUCUUAUUAAUACUGUUGUGCAAGAUAUAAUGAAUAAAAAAGUAGCCGCUUUAGAAAAACUGGCACAACUAAAAGAGGACGAGAUGGAGUUCAAGGCAAUGGAGGUCAUCAUGAAAGAUACAUCCGGAAUGAGUGAGAGUCAACUCGAAGUUCAUGAAAUUUAUUGUAAUAAACUUAAAAAAAAA